GCUGAUCUAUGUAUUUGAGUCAGAUUACAACGAAUACUUGAUAUAAGUCAUUGUCAAUUGCUACACCUUCUCCUUUUUGUCUAUUUGCUCUCAUAUUCCUUCAACUCUUUUUUGUGAUUUUCAACUUCAAGUUUUUACUUCUUUUCUUCUAUUGAAAAGAAAGGAGAAGUGAUUUUCCUCAUUAUGUGAUUCCCGUUCAGUAUUAGUAGUAAGUUUUUUUGGAAUUUUGUGUUGAUCUUGGUAUUGAGGAAAGAAGAGUACGAUGGGUAACUCCGGGAGCAGCGGGCGGCGGAGAAGCGGCGGCAGCAGUGGGAGGGAGGAGCAGCAGUCUGCGGCGGAGGUGAGCUCCAACCGCUAUGUGUUUGCGGCGGCGACGCCUUUCCCUCCCCAAUACCAAAACCCGAACGCGGCGCCGUAUUUCCAGUACCCGGGUCAGUACUACUCGCAGCAGCGCAUAUUGGGGGCGGGUAACGGACGGUACCCGUGCGGGGCCCCGCCGGCACCUUAUGUGGAGCACCAGAAAGCCGUGACGAUACGGAAUGAUGUUAAUCUCAAGAAGGAGACGCUUCGGAUCGAGGCAGACGAGGCCAACCCUGGCAAAUACCUCGUUUGUUUCACCUUUGACGCCACCGUUUCGGGAAGCAUGACUGUAAUCUUCUUUGCAAAAGAAGGUGAAGACUGUAUAGUGACUCCUGUGAUGGAAGCUUUGCUUCCACCAGUGACAGUGCAGUUCCAACGAGGCCUAGCUCAGAAGUUUAGACAGCCAUGUGGAACUGGCAUUGACCUCUCGAUGUUCGAGGAAGCAAAAUUGUCAAAGGAAGGCGACAUGGACGUAUAUCCCCUGGUAAUCAAGGCAGAAGCAUCAUCCCCAGAUAGCCAAAGGGAUACAGAAGCAUCCCCAGUUUCUGGUCACACAAACUCUCAGAUAACUCAGGCAGUGUUUGAGAAGAGCGGCGAGCCUCAUGUCAGGAUAGUUAAGCAGAUUUUGUGGGUGAAUGGCAUGAGGUACGAGUUGCAGGAGAUAUAUGGGAUUGGAAAUUCAGUAGAAGAAGGUGAGUUCGAUGGAAAUGAUCCCGGGAAGGAAUGCGUUAUUUGCCUAUCUGAACCUCGCGACACUACUGUACUUCCCUGUCGCCACAUGUGUAUGUGCAGUGGCUGCGCAAAAGUUUUGAGGUUUCAGACGAACCGAUGUCCUAUUUGCAGACAGCCAGUCGAGCGUCUCUUGGAGAUCAAGAUCAGCGCUGAUGCUGCUGAGGAAUGACGAGACAGUUGUUGCCACCUCUCUCUCUGUAAAUGCUUUAUUCUACUUUCAUUUUCCCAGUAACCAGACUGGAAGUCCCAACCAUCAGUUUGCAGUUAGUGUUGGAUAUUCUAAGCAGUUCUUAGAAUCAUAAUCCCCACCAUUUAUGUUAGAGUGAGUAUACAGUUUGAGAUUGAUGCUAGCUCUGGUAUGAUGCAUUCUGUGUUAUCUUGAACAUUAUGAUAUUCUGUGCAGUUGCAGCUAUGUUUGCUCCACUUUGCCAGAUAAAAUCAGGUGAUUUAGUUCAUUUGGAAACUGUGUUACUAUGUUCAGAUGGUGCAAGAAUAUGCCAAAUAAAAUCUUUAUUUAAAAUAUUA